UCGAUCUGCCUAUCCAAUAAUAUAUUUUCAGUCAACCUUUGACUCUGGCCUAUCCCUCUUUUAUUUAACCACCCCCAAACCUAACAUGAUUUGUAUCUCUGAUCUCAGUAGCAGAAUUUGGAUCAUCUUCUUUUAUCCGGCUUCAGUGGACAACAUGGAAUCCGGCGGUAAUCCAUUGUACAGCUGCAGAAACUGCCGAAAUCCCCUUGCCCUUGGCGAUGAUCUUAUUUCUAAAAACUAUAUAGCAAGAUCAGGGAAAGCUUAUAUGUUCCAUCAUGCAAUGAACAUUGUUUUGGGGCCAAAGCAGGACAGACAGAUGUUAACUGGGAUUUACAGCAUUGCUGAUAUCUAUUGCAGCAAGUGCGGUGAAGAACUGGGCUGGAAAUAUGUGCAAGUUUAUGACUUGAAAAACAGGUUCAAGGAAGGGAAGUUUGUUCUCGAAAAACUUAAGAUGGUUGAAGAAUACUAACUUACUGGUAAUACCCCUCCUUGAAAAAAUAAGGAAAUUGGAUGAUCUCGGAUUGGAAACUAUACUUCUACUUUAAUUUAUGAAACUUGGAAAUCUAUGUUCGAGUUUUAUGGUCUGAAUUUAAAUAUCUGCACUUGUAUAAAUUAAAAUUAUGUUGGAAACUUUACUUAUUCUCUUGUUAAUCUGAGAUAUGCUAUUAAGGCUAUUGCUAUAUCAAUUCAAAAGGGCUAAUUCGGGUUUCAUUUGAAUUCAUCUUGAGUCAAAAUUGAGUUCAAUUCGAACGGAUGGUCGAAUCAGGUUUCAUUGAUAGUUGGCUUUUGUGGGUUGAAUUUUUUUCCUGGUAAUUAUGAUUUCAUUUCUGAUCAAGCUCUUAUUGUAUUAUAAGCACUAU